AUUGUGUGAACUCUUUCCCCACAGACAUUCACCAUGUCUAUUCUGAAGGUGCACGCCAGAGAGAUCUUCGACUCUCGCGGGAACCCCACUGUUGAGGUGGAUCUCUACACCGCAAAAGGUCUCUUCAGAGCUGCUGUGCCCAGUGGUGCCUCAACUGGUAUCUACGAGGCUCUAGAGCUUCGCGACAAUGACAAGACUCGCUAUCUGGGGAAGGGUGUCUCCAAGGCUGUUGAGCACAUCAAUAAAACUAUUGCGCCUGCCCUGGUUAGCAAGAAGCUGAGCGUCGUGGAGCAGGAGAAGAUCGACAAGCUGAUGAUAGAGAUGGACGGGACGGAAAAUAAGUCUAAAUUUGGUGCCAACGCCAUUCUGGGAGUGUCCCUGGCCGUCUGCAAGGCUGGGGCUGUUGAGAAGGGGGUGCCCCUGUACCGCCACAUUGCCGACCUGGCUGGCAACACCGAGGUCGUCCUGCCAGUUCCGGCUUUGAAUGUCAUCAACGGUGGUUCUCACGCUGGCAACAAGCUGGCCAUGCAGGAGUUCAUGAUCCUCCCUGUCGGCGCCGCCAACUUCAGGGAAGCCAUGCGCAUUGGGGCCGAGGUUUACCACAACCUGAAGAACGUCAUCAAGGAGAAGUACGGGAAAGACGCCACCAACGUGGGGGACGAAGGUGGCUUUGCUCCCAACAUCCUGGAGAAUAAGGAAGCCCUGGAGCUGCUGAAGAAUGCCAUCGGGAAAGCCGGCUACACCGAUAAGGUGGUCAUCAGCAUGGACAUGGCUGCCUCCAAGUUCUUCAAGUCUGGGAAGUAUGACCUGGACUUCAAGUCACCCGAUGACCCCAACAGGUACAUCAGCCACGACGAGCUGGCCAACCUGUACAAGUCCUUCAUCAAGGACUACCCAGUGGUGUCGAUCGAAGACCCCUUCGACCAGGACGACUGGGAAGCGUGGCGCAAGUUCACUGCUAGCACGGAUAUCCAGGUGGUGGGGGACGACCUCACGGUGACCAACCCGAAGCGGAUUGCCAAGGCCGUGAGCGAGAAGUCGUGCAACUGCCUCCUGCUCAAAGUGAACCAGAUCGGCUCCGUGACCGAGUCUAUUCAGGCGUGCAAGCUGGCCCAGUCCAAUGGGUGGGGUGUCAUGGUGUCCCAUCGCUCUGGGGAGACUGAAGACACCUUCAUCGCCGACCUGGUGGUGGGGCUCUGCACUGGGCAGAUCAAGACUGGUGCUCCUUGCCGAUCAGAGCGCUUGGCCAAGUACAACCAGAUCCUCAGAAUCGAGGAGGAGCUGGGCAGCAAGGCCAAGUUUGCUGGCAGGAACUUCAGAAACCCCCUGGCCAAGUAAGCUCUGGGCGAGCCCGAGCCCCGCGGUCACCAGUCGGCUAAUUAGACCUCUGCUCCUGACAUCUGCACGGGCAGCCCAAGGCCCCCAGCUGAUACCUGCAGGGGCCUCUGCCUCUCCCCUCCCUGUGGUGUUCUCACUGCUUCUUAGAACUGCUACAAAGCCAAGCCUGACAUCGGAACCCUGGUGGAAACCCUAGUCUUGUAGUCAUGUGACUGGUCCAAAUCAUUGUUCUUCUCACCUCGCUUCUCAAGUGUCUGGAGCCAAGUGCAUCUACAUUGUAAUCUCCGAGGUGUCCACAGGCAAGAUCCCCAGUGGUUUUGUGUGCAAAAUAAAGUCUUCAGUGUCCUUAGGAAUA